AUGCUCACUAUAUUAGAUCUCAGUCACAAUCAAAUUGGAGCUAUUGAUGCACAGCAUCUGGCGGAUGCGUUACAAAAUAAUACUGUAACGUCAUUCUUUCACGCAUCUAUCCCAUAUAUCCAUUUGCACUUUUCCAUACAGACACUUAUCACAUUAAAUCUCGACUUUAAUCAAAUCGGAGAUAUUGGAGCACAAUAUCUAGCGGAUGCGUUACGAACUAGUAAGACGCUUACCGAAUUGAAUCUCUACCACAGUCAAAUGGAAGAUGUUGGUGCACAGCAUUUGGCGGAUGCUUUACAAAAUAAUACGACGCUUACUACACUAUAUCUCGACUACAGUCAAAUCGGAGAUGUUGGUGCACAGCAUCUGGCCGGUGCACUCCAAACUAAUACAACACUCACCGAAUUGAAUCUCUCAGGCAAUAAAAUCGGAGUUGUUGGAGCACAGCACCUGGCGGAUGCAUUACAAAAUAAUACGACACUUAUCGAAUUGAAUCUCUCCGAGAAUCAAAUCGUAGCUAUAGGAGCACAGCGUCUGGCGGAAGCAUUUAAAAAUAAUACGGCACUUGCCACAUCAAAACUGCACUACAGUGAAAUCGGAGCUGUUGGUGCACAACAUCUAGCAGAUGCAUUACAAAAUAAUACAACACUUACCAUAUUAAAUCUCUUUUCAAAUAGUAUCGGAGAUAUUGGAGCACAGCAUCUAGCGGAUGCAUUACAGAAUAAUAAGGUAACUACCAUUCUCUUCCUCAUCUAUCCAUCUGCAUUUUUUCACGCAGACACUGACUACAUUAAAUCUCCACGCCAAUGA